AUGCUGGAGAGGGACGCCCGGCCCAAAGUCGAGCCCACCGAAUCCAUGAUCACACCUCCCGCCGAAGUCUUCACCGAGACCGUGCCCGGCCUCUAUCACCCGAGCCCGACGGAGCAGAUUGGCGACAGUGCAAAGUCCGGCGAUUCCAUGUCCUCGUGGGCGUCCCCGGAGACGUUCGUGCUGGGACCCGAGGCCUCGUCGCACCCGUUGCCAGCAGCGCCGCCGGGGGCUAGCUACGUUUGGGAUAGUAUCAACAACUCGUAUCAACACAGCUUACAUGCCUGCGACGCGAAUCAACUCUAUCGAUCGAAUGAGGUGGGACAAUUCCUUCGAGGUCGUCCUCUUGUUGUUCCUGUUCUCGUGUUGUUCCUCUUCUUCUCUUGCUUCUCCUUCUCCUUCUUCUCCUCCUUCUCUUUCUCCUCCUUCUCUUUCUUCUCCUUCCUCUCCUUCUCCUCCUGCGGGGACGCCAUCGUUAAUCCCGACAUGCAGUCUUUUCCCACGAUACCGGAGUACAUCGGGAGCUACCAGCCGGAACCGAUCGACCCGUACCUCAGCAACGGGCCGAGCGUCUCCCCCGUCUCGAUUGAGAUUGCACCGGAGUCAAGUCAGCAGUCCAAGACGGCUCGACGCCGGGCUCAGAACCGCGAGGCGCAGAGGUUGUACCGCGACCGCCAGCAGAACUGCAUCAAAGACCUGCGGACCCGGCUCGAAGACAGCGAGGCCGAACUGGCGCGGUUGCGGAAGGAGAACCAGAAGCUGCACGAGAAGCUGGGCUCCAUGAAGGGGGGGAUCAUGCAGCUGAUGGAAACGGUCGUCGACCCCGCCUCGGGCGCGGUCACGGAGAAGAAGGAGACCUGGACCGUCACCUCGGUCGAGGGAGAGGACUGCGACGCCGACUCGAACAUGCUCGACUCGGAGUAG